UGAUAACACCAUACAGAGAAGAACACAAGAAAAGAAACGCAGUCCACACACACAGUUCUCUCUCUCUCUCUCUCUCUGUUCUUCUGUGUUGAUCGAUCGAUCUGUGAGAAAUAAUGGCGCUUCCAGCUCCAGCACCGAGUCACACUCCAUUGGCGCACCCGGUAACAGUGGUGGGGUCACAGUUCAUGGCGCCGUAUCCGGUGGAAUUGGUCAUCGCCGAGAAGAUGCUGACCCUUAAAGAAGGCACCUUCACCGUCACAGACACUCAGGAGAACAUCAUCUUCAAGGUCAAGGGCUCCAUUUUCAGCCUCCACGACCGUCGCACGCUGCUUGACCCCACUGAUAAGCCCAUACUUUCUUUCCGCCAAAAGAUAAUGACAAUGCAUAGAAGAUGGCAAAUAUACAGAGGAGAGAGCUCGGAUGCUAAAGAUCUACUUUUUACAGUAAAAAAGUCUUCAGUCAUUCAAUUCAAUACCGAUUUAGAUGUGUUCUUAAGUGGUAACACAAACGAGGAAGUACCUGAUUUUAAGAUCAAAGGGAGUUGGUUUCAAAGGUCAUGCACCAUUUUUCUUGGAGAUGGCACUACUGCCAUUGCACAAAUGCAUGCGAAAAACAGUGCUUCAAGUGUAUUUCUUGGAAAAGAUGCAUUUAGAGUGACUGUGUUCCCUAAUGUGGAUUACGCUCUAGUAGUUGCGUUCGUGGUCGUUCUCCAUGAGGUAAAUGCAGACCGAGUCGGUGAUGACUGAAUUAUAAUCAAACUCAUGCCCUCUCGAAUCAACACUUGGUUAAUAAUUAUUAUUAUGUGUUAAAUUAAUAUUUAAUCGGUAUGGUGAGAUUAUAUUGUAUGUAUGACUUUUUUAAUUUUUUCUAUGAUCGAUCAGACAUCAUUAUAUAUAAGUGUGAUGAUGUGGUUUGGUUUGUAUAAUUUCUAAUUCCCGUCAUGCCGUUAAAUAAAGUGUUAUAUUUACCUAUUACAAA